GAGCAGAAUAAAGGGAUGGCCGUCAUAGGCCACGAUUAGCCCAGUGUUUAGUGUGUUUCGGAGGUCAACAUGGGAAAAUAAGGUUAUAAUACAAUACUAGAUAGCGUUUUGUUGCAGUGAUCGGAUGUCGACAUGGGAAGCAAAGUGAGUGGCAAGAUGGCAGCUGCCAGUCGGGUCGUGCAGGUUGUGCGACCUCAUGCACCUUUAAUUAAAUUUCCAGAUCGGAAGGGCAUCCUUAAGCCAAAUGUACAAGAGGCACUGAAGGUGCUUGCAGCCAGUCUCCCACAGAUCUCCCCAUCCGCACCUCCACCUACAGCAUCAAUAUCACCUCCACCCAGACCACCGGGACCCGUCAGCCGACUGCCUGGCACCCCUGACAGCAUUGAUGUAGUUGGAGAUCUCCCUCACAAAUACCGCAGAAGAACCCUUUCUUUCGAUGAAAUGGACUACAUCCAGCGUGGUGGGCCAGAGUGACUGUUGUCUGGUCCGGUUCAUUCAAUCAGAUUCUAUUUGU